AUGACAAUAGAAGUGGCAAACAUGGGCCCUCUGUCAAAUUGUGCGCUGACAGUCGUCGCCAACUUAGAAAAACCGUCGAUUGAAGCCCAUAUGAAAGCGGCUGAGAGGGAGAAGAACAAAAAGCUUAUUGCACUUGAACUUAGUAAGAUUGUUCGAGCAAAUGGCACUUUUCGCACAAGCCCCAGCAAUGAUACAAAAAUAAAAACAUUUCCCACAAUGAUCAAUGCUUGUACGGAAGGUAAUGCUUUCAGCACUGUGGUAGCCGAAUUUGAUCCAAAUGACUCCGUCACCAAUGUCGUCAAUGCAUCCGAUCCGUUGAGGGGCAGGUCAUAA